AUGGCUCCCAGACGAAUCAGUAAUCCAACAAUGGGCAAACCUUCUAUAACAAUCACAACAGCAAAGGCUAUUAUAAACUCGGAGUAUACGCUUAUCAAGUCGCAUUCCAAAUUUAAGCUUCCUACACAUUUUGAAAAGCUCGAUGCAGGCUCUACUAAGGGAAGAACUACAGUAGUAAAGAUUUUUUAUCGCAGAUUUGUGAGGCUGAAACCGUUUGUAUCGAAUGUGAAAAUGGUCAGACAGACGUACAGCGAUUAUCUUCGAUAUAAAUUCACUAAAGAAGAUUACGAACUCAAACGAUACUUGGUGUUUAAUCCUAACGGUUUGCAAUCAAAAACUAGCCCCGAGCCUAUGGGCAACACAAAAGGUGGCGAAAAGGUAAUGCCUAUGGAAGAGGUGCAAAAAACUUUGCAAUUCAUUUUAAAAAGCUGUUCAUAUCUACCCGAAACGAAGGAGCAAAAAUGGAGUAUCGCAAGGGAUAAUACUUAUUGCAGGCAAAUCUUAAAGAAUAUUUUAACGAUGCAAUAUGAAAAGUAUAGGUCAGUCCUAAAUAGAGGAGUAGGCCAUGAUGAGCUUGAUGUCAAAUUUUCUCAUUUAAGGACAAAAUCCAGUCCGCCUACCAAGUUAAAUAAAGGUGAUAAGAAAAAGAUCCCAGUUUUCAAAAUAUUCAGUGAUUUCGACACAACACUCGUACACCUUAAUGAAUCAUUAGGCACAAGGUUAUAA